AUGGGCUCACUCGAUCUGACAGAGGAAGGACAUGAAGACCCAACUGAGGAGAACUUCACUGCAGGUGAAGAUGAUUUUGAUCGAUCAAAAGCCAGAUCAAAAGAAUGCAAUUAUUGUGGCAAAUCAUUCAGAUCAAGCUAUUACCUCACAGUUCAUAUGAGAACUCACACAGGUGAGAAGCCUUACAAGUGUGCUUAUUGUGAUUAUGCGGCAGCCCAGAAGACUUCACUGAAGUAUCACCUGGAUCGGCGUCACAAAGACAAAUCUUACAUGGAGGUCCCCAUUAGACCUGGGCCCUCACUACCUUCUCUUGAUGACAGAAAUGAAAAUGGCAGUGACAGUUCUGCCUCAAAUGGAUCCAAACUCUGGGUUCCUGAAGACAGACUGUGCACAAAUGAAGCACCUGAGGACAGAUUUGACAGCUUGGAUAGCAAGCUUGGCAAACCAAUUGUCCAGGUAAACACUGAGUAUGAGGAUGCGCUUUUAAAGCACCCCGUAGCUGUUAAGUUGAAGGAAGAAAAGGACUUGAAUGAUGAGAACGCUGAGGCUCCUUUAAAUCUCUCUUUAAAAGUUUCCCUCCCUGCCACAGAAGAAACCAAAUAUUCAUUGAGUCCAGUCUCAUGCUCAUUUUGUGCUUAUAAAACCAUGUACCCAGAGGUUCUGAUAAUGCACAAACAGCUGACACAUAAAGACAAGUCGGACAGUACCAAAAAGUAUAGAUUUGGAGGCCGUAUCAAACAACAACGUUACACAGGCUGUCCCCCAGCACUCCAUGGGAAAGAUGUCACCCCAAUUUUGUUGACUGACAGGAGCUACCCUCGUCGGACUAAGUCCCCACCGCCCCAACCCGCCAAACCUCCAGAAAGCACAUUUAGCUCAACUCAUGGUCCUAAAUGUUCAUCCACAUCAAGAUUACCACAGCAAGAUGGUGUCCUGGAGACACAGCAAUACAGACAGAAAACCAACCCACAUCCCAGUCAGGGACCCUCCAGGUACACAGAACUCGUGAGGAAAAGCAAUGCAGGCAACAAGUUUGUCGUGGACAGGACUUGUCCUCUGAAAAGAGGGGGGGUUGGUGAGAGGAGUUGCCCAGCACGGAGUGGGGCCAUUUGGCACUCAGAUGCUGCCAGGCUCUGUUUGACCAGCAGGUUUGGGAGCCUCCCACAUAUGGAUUUUGGUGAACCUUCUGGUAAAAGACUGAAGUUCUCUGUACCGACCAGCAGGGACACUGGGGACAAGCCUGGUCCUAGAGGACCGACAGGUGAUGGGCUGACCAGGUUACAGGUCACAUUUCCAGGGUCAGGCCCAUCCACAGCUUCUGAGGCUCUGUGUCCAAUAAAAAAUGCACCCACUCCUCUGGAAGGAGGUUUGGACUCAGAAUGGAGCAUGAUGAACCUCCUGCGCUCCUGCACACCAAGCGACCUAGUGUCCCUGUAUCACAGCUCACCAACAACGCCCAGUCAUGGAGGACUGGCCACCCCCAGAGCUGGGAGCAGAAGUGUGUUGUACCAACAGCUGCCUGGUCUGCCCCACCUGCAGAGAAGAGACCCCACAGGUGCCUUCUCAAACCAACGCUAUGGGACCACAGACAAAAGUUCCUAAAGUAAAAACCAAGAGGUAAACGGUGCUGCUACC